AUGAUCGUCCGCAAUGGAGAAAUCGCAUUCGUCGGCUCUUUAUCAGAUCCAGCUGUACAAGCUGCUCGGGACCAAGGCGCAGCGGAAAGAGACAUUGGGGGCCUGAAGAUCCUGCCCAGCUUCAUUGAUGGACAUAUGCAUUUGCUUCUCCUCGGCCAAUCCCUCACCAAAGUGGCCCUUGACGACUGCAAAUCACUCGAGGACAUCCGAGAGCGAAUGCGAGAGGCAGCGCGCAAUGACCCCGGUGCCAAGAGGCUCUAUGGAAGGGGAUGGAUGCACAGCAUGACGCCCGACGGUGUCGAUGCGAGCAUGUUGGAUGACAUUGACCCGCGACCCAUGUACAUCGACGCAAAGGAUCUGCACUCGACAUGGGCGAACACUGCAGGCCUCAAGGAGGUCUGUGAUGUGAUGGAUCUGGAUUUCGAGGGAUCGAUGCCGGAUCCCCCAGGCGGCAGUUUCUCGCGCGACGCACAGGGACGCUUGAACGGGGUGUUCAACGAAAGCGCCGUCUUUGAGAUCAUCUGGCCGUUUGUGGCCCGCGUCGCCAGCAUCGAAGAGAGAAAGGAGUCGAUCCGCGCGGCCAUCGAGGCAUUCAAUGCGUGCGGCUACACUGGCAUGGUGGACAUGGCCAUGGACGACACCAUCUGGGAGCCACUCGUCGAGCUGCGCAACCAGGAAGGCUUGGGCGGCAUGCGCGUUGCCGCAUACUGGCUCAUGAAGCCCCUCAAGGAAGACUCGGGCAUCGAUGCGGUGUUUGCACAGGUGGAUCACGCAGCGAAGCUAGCACGGGAAUUCAAGGACCAAGACUGCAGAGUGGUGGGGAUCAAGGUCAUCUGUGACGGUAUCAUUGAUGCUUGCACGGCUUCCCUGACCGAGCCAUAUUCUACCGGUAUCAACCCUGAUCCUAUCUGGCCCGAAGAGGUCCUCCAUCCGCUUGUCAAGCGCGCGCACGACGCCGGCCUGCAAGUUGCUCUGCAUGCCAUUGGCGAUCGCACCAUCAACACCGCCAUCAACGUUCUGGAGAAGAACACGGACGCCUCGAGGAGACCGCGCAUCGAGCACUUGGAACUCGCCUCUGCGAAUGAUGCGGCACGACUCGGCCAGCUAGGCAUCACGGCCUCCAUCCAACCCGUGCACGCCGAUCCAGCCAUUCUGCGUGCCUGGCCGCGGCUGCUGGGCGAGCACAGAUGCAAACGGCGUUUCGCGUAUCGGGAGUUUGCUGAUGGAGGCGCGAACCUGGCGCUGGGCUCCGAUGCCCCGACGGCACCUCACGUGCCGCUGCCGAAUCUCUAUAUCGCCACCACGAGGAAAUCGUACCGCGAGCCGGCAUGCGAGGAGGUUGUGAAUCCUGAAUUUGCGCUCACGGUGUGUCAAGCUGUGGCAGGUGCCACUCUGGGAUCUGCAUACUCGUGUUUCGCGGACCAGUGGACUGGGGAUCUCCGUGUAGGGAAGAAAGCGGACUUUGUAGUGUGCGACGUGGAGCUCGAACCGGAGGGGCUGAUUCGUGGUGUCGUGAAGGAAACGUGGUUCGAGGGUCGGCAAGUCUUCCAGAAGGAGUAG